GGCGGACAAGUCUUAUUUUGACAGCAAUCACAUCAGCUGUUUCAUUCUUCUCGAAUAACAAAAUUACAGUGUAAACUUAAACUAAAUUUUAUAUCUUCUAAAGUCUUAUUUCUAUUUUAAUUGACAAUGUUUUUAAAAUAUGAUUUUUUUGCAAUGUCAAAAAUAUUUGGAAUUUCUUGUUCUCUUUUUGGUUUUCUAACCUAAAAUUUAUCCAAUUUAUCCAUAAAAUGCAAAAUAUUUUCAAGUUAAAAAAAAAUUGAAAUUUUUAUUACAUCAACAAUGAGGCCUGAGGAAAUGCUAAGAAAUAUUUUUGGAAAAGAAUGUUUGGAUUUUUCGGAGACAUUAAGCACUGGAAAAUUAAAGGACAAUGCAACAUUUUCCAGAACUGUUCAGAGUGUGAAUUUAGUUGACGAGUAUGUAAAAACGAUAUUAUCAAGAAAAACAGUUUUGGAAAAAUUCAAAGAUUCACGUGAAGGUCGAUUGGGUCCGGAUAUUGUGAAAUUUGAAGUGUCAAGCGCACCUGGACAAUAUCAUUUAUCACCGGAUCGUUUGAGUGUUAAUUCUCAGGGAACAUUUAGUACAAUUCGUGCGAAUGUCGCCGUUUUCAAGGGCAAAUGGAUGUACGAAUUGCAACUUGGAACAAAAGGAAUUAUGCAAGUUGGCUGGGGCACUUCAAAGAGUAAAUUCAAUCACGUAGCCGGAGUUGGUGAUGAUCCGUGUUCCUACGCCUACGACGGGAAUCGAAUAAAAAAAUGGAAUGUCGCACCGGAAAAAUAUGGUGAACCAUGGCUCUCUGGCGAUAUUAUUGGUUGCACACUCGACAUGGACUUGGGAACAAUUGAUUUUUAUAGAAAUGGAAGACCAUUGGGUCGUGCUUUCGAAAAUAUCACAAUGGGUUCAGGUUGUGCUUAUUUUCCCACAGUGAGUUUGGCGCUAAGUGAAAAUUUAACGGCAAAUUUUGGCGCAACACCAUUUCAUUAUCCUGUCGAUGGUUACGAACCAUUGCAAGCACUUCCGCGUGAAUUUCUCGAGAAGGGGAAAAUUCUCUUCAAAUGGUUUGCAAAUCUAGUCGAGCAAACACGUCAAUUGAAAGAGUCGCAGGGUAAAAAUUUCUCCAAUGACAAUGCAAUGAGUGUUCGCGCUUUUCUCCUCUGUCUCGCUCGAUUGAUACUCAAACAUCUUGGACCACUACUCAAAGAACCCUAUGUGACAGUGGCGGUUUUUGUACCUUUCGUAAGACGACUUUGCGGUAUAAAAAAAGAAUCGUCAUUGACAUCAAGGAAAAAGGAAAUUAACGAUUGUGAAUUAAUCAUUUGUUUGGAUUUAUUGUGGACAUUUUUGGAAACACAGGAAAUUCAGAAUUGCCUCGAGAGUACGGUUAUUUAUUUACUAUCUGAAUUUCGUCACGUUUCAUUGCUCCUCGAAUAUCCGGAUCAAUGCAAAAGUCUCGCACUAUUGACAUGCUUUUGUCGACAUGGAAAAACAAGACGACAUUUAUUGCAAAAUGUCCUCUUCGAUAGGGUGCGAUUUGCAAAUUUUGUUCAUGUUAAGCCACUCGAUGAAAUUGGCUUGGCGGAAGUUGUCAAUGAGACUUGGUGGGAAACUGAUCCGGUUGAUCCCAAUGUUGAGGAUAAUAAUGAACGCUAUCGACGUGCCUGUGAAUUAAUUGAAAUCUCAGUUUCUGAGGUGGAAGCAUUGCAAGUGGAAUUGCUAGUUACGCUUUUGGACAAUAGCGACGGGACGGAAAAAUUGCCAACGUCACGAACAAUUUUUCUGCGAAAAUUUCGAAGUUUUGUUCACGAAAAUUUAAUCUCAAUUCGGGGAGUUUUUCAAACGAUUCCAGCACUAAAAACACCGUUACCAAUAACUCUAUGUUGCUUUCAUCGAUUGCUCGUCGCUUUUCGUAUUCUUUGGGACGCUGAAGUUGGCACAAAUCCCGUUUGCAUUCCCUGCAGAACAUUUUACGAUGGAUCAGUAAAUUACAGUGGAAUUGAUCGACUCGGCGGUGUGAUAUCGCAUUUAAAUAAAACCUAUCGAAAUGAAUUGAUACAUUUAUUGGGACCGGAGCAUGAGAUUAUCGUUGGCUUGGAACAAAAUCAAGAAACAACGUCAACAUUCGUUGGAACGUCAAAUCGAAUUACCGAUAUGCCCGUUAUUAUUCCGGCAGUUGCGCGAAUAUUUAAUAUGGGCAAUAGCGUUGUUCCAUUGUGGGAGAGACUCGGCUAUUUUCCCUACAGUCGCGAGGAUCGUUCACCAAUGCGUCUUGGUCCCGCAAAUCCUGCCCUCUCUCUACUCGAGCUACUCGAUGGAAUUGUAUUAUUUUUUCACGUUGCCGCCAAGAAACAAAUUGCAAAAGUCGCAAGUCUACGUGACAGUAUGGACGAGUACAUAAAGGCAAUGGGCGAAAUUAAGUCACGAUUGAAAAUUGUCGAGAAAAAAGAUGAUCCCGAAUCGGAGUCCGUUCGCGAGCAGUUGCUCAGGACAAUGGAAAUUUUCGAUACAAAAUUAGCGGAACAAGCGCGACACAUGGCAUGGGUACGAGCUGCUGUUUAUACGAAAGAAAAACAAUUGCAACUCUCUUGGCUAUUGAAAUCAAUUCUCCUUACAUUGAGAACGGCGAGUGAAGAGGGCGAUAUGUUUAGUUUUGUUCCCGAUUUCUAUCUCGAAGCAUUGGCUGAUUUGAGUCUUGGACUGAGAUCACAUGUACAUCCCACAGUGCCAAUUGAAAGAAUUCCCGAAUAUCGUGAAAUUCUACGCGAUGUUGCGCAAUUUUUGUGCGAUCAUUUUUUGGAUUCACGAAUUGUUCAAGCGAACGCCAAGGAUACAUUGGUAUUGACAUUGGCGUCAUUUGUCUCGAAACCAUUGACAUUAAAGGCAAUGGAGAGUGUUGACGAGGAAUCGAAAAUGAAUGUUGUCGCGAGUUUAUUGCGUCCCUAUGAAAAUCGUGCAUGGGCACAAUCAAAUUGGAUUUUAGUGCGUUUCUGGCAGGGAAAUGGUUUUGCAUUUCGCUAUAAAAUCAGUCCCCAUAUGGAGCAUAAUGUUGGACCGAAGAUUUUUCCACAGGAAACGAUUUCACAGUCGAUCAAGCCGUGCCCGUCGCCAAUGUUUCAAAAGCACGUGCGAGAUGCUUUGCUCAAUAAUCCACAGAGAUCGAUGCAAUUCAUUAAUUCACUGUUAAAUCAAUUGAAUUGGGCUUUUUCCGAAUUUAUUGGAAUGAUACAGGAAAUUCACAAUGCUUCACUGCGUCCCGAUACCGUUUUCAUCGAGUCACGACAAUUAAAAGUUGGAGCCACUUGCUUUGAAUUGGCAAUUUCAUUACUCAGAGUUUUGGAAAUGUUUUCAACUAUCGCCAAAAAUGUUUUUACCGAUAAUUUAUUAGCUCGUCUUUGUCAGUUAUUGUGUAACAUUUUGAACAGAGUGAGUUCGCAGACGAGUAGUUUUCAACACGUGGUAUUAAUGGCUAUUCCCGAUCUGGACAAAGUCGAUCAUUUUCCAAUAUUGGCGGUUGUAAUUGGUAUUUUAUUGGCUCUCCUCGAGGACGAAAUAAACGACGUUGUCAAAAAUGGAGAAAUGCCCAGAAUUACAAGAACUCUUCUAAUGGAACCGAGUUUUCAAAUGAGCUCUCUCAGUUACGUUCUCGGCGAGUCGAAAGUCAAAAAUACAAAAUCGAAAAAUGUCAAACCUUUCUCGUUCGCCGACUACAAAAACGAUGUGACGGACGAUGAAAUAUCGCGGAUACGAUUAAUGAUCGAUUAUUUAGAUCGUGUUAGUCGAAAUUUACCAGAGACAAAAUUAACAAGCGACGAUGAAAAUACAUGUACAAUUUGCUACGCAUUUCCAAUUGCGGCAACAUUUAAACCAUGCAAUCAUCAAUCGUGUCGUGCUUGCAUUGAUCAUCAUCUAUUGAAUAGUAGAGAGUGCUUUUUCUGCAAAACAAACAUUGAAAAAGUCAUUGAUCUCGAUAAAGUUAUUAUUCACGAUUUUCAACAAAAUACAAUAUCGUCGUGAUCUCAAAGAAAUUCCCAACAGUCAAUGUCCAAGUCUAUUUUUUUUAGACCCUGGUGUAAAUAAAUUCAAGGUAACGUCCCACAUUUUAAACAAUUAAAAAAUAUAUAUAGAGAGAGAAAGAGAAAAAAUUCUAUUAUGUACUUAUAGAAAUAAAUCGAACAAUUAAUUAUUCAAUAAUAGAAUUAAUUAUUCAAUUAUACAAUUAAUUAAUUAUUCUAUAAUUAUUAAUUAAUUAUUAUUGUAAUUAAUUGUUCGAUUUUUAAAAAGUGAAACCAAAGUUAAGAGAGAAAAAGAGAAAUGUAGUUUAAUACAUUGAGAGAGAAAUAUAGUGAAAGAAUAGUAUUUAAAGAAAGUAUUUAAAAAAAAAGAAAGGAAUGAAAUGAUUAAAAGUAUACAACGAAAGUUAUAAGUAAUUUUAUUCGCUCAACUUUUUUUUUAAACAAUAAAAAACCUUGCUUGUUACAAAA